AGGAACCGGUGCUCUGGUUGGAUUUCGGAUAUAUAAAGGCGAAACGUUUCUAUGGCGGUCACAUCAGUUCGUCUCAUCAUCUCUAGCCAUGAGGACCUUUGUUGCACUCGUCGCUCUUAGCGUUGUUGCUGCCGUUACCGCUGGAGGCCAUGGUGGCUUUGGAGGCGGAUUCGGGCAUGGUGGUGGACACGUUGUCCUACUAAAGGGUGGCCUUGGUGGUGGCCAUGGUGGCGGCUUCGGUGGCCAUGGUGGCGGCCACGUUCAGGCCCUUCGAGGACCAACAUACCUUGUCAAAACUGUUCACCACGUGCACAAGCUCCACGGUGGUGGAGGCCAUCUGGGCGGACACGGCGGUGGAUACGGCCACGGAGGUGGACACGCUGUCGUCUUGAAGGGAGGUUUCGGAGGUGGAUACGGUGGUGGUCACGGCUUCGGUGGUGGUCACGUACUCGGCGGCUUGGGAGGUGGUCACUUGAGUGCAGGAAAGGCUGUUGUCGUAGCUGGCAGUCACGGCGGUGGCGGCCACGGGUGGCAUUAAUCACAUGACAUUUCUGCGACUUCCGGACUUUUCGCCUUAGAACGCAAGCUUCUAACAGCGCGAGCCGUUGAAGAAGCUGCCCUUGGACCUUGAAAAUCAGGUCACUCUACCUCCUCUUGUACAU